UUGAGUCUAAGUAAUAAGUGUCUUUCAAAUAUAUUUGUUUUAUUAUAUUACUACAUUAAUAAUAAAAAUCAUUGAUAAUCAGAAAAAAUUGUUAUUGUGAGUAGUAAGUAUAGAAAAGCUGUAUAUUCCAUGGCACUUUCAUUAAAUGAUCAAGUCUACACAAAAUCUUUUACUCCCCGGGAGUAUCAGGUGGAGCUUCUUUAUGCAGCAAAAGAAAAAAACAUAAUUGUUUGUUUGGGAAAAAACACUGAGCAAACUUUUCUCGCAAUAAAAUUAAUUCAAGAGUUUGCUACAAACAACAGGAGAUUAGCAAGUAAUGGUGGAAAACGAGCAAUAUUUAUAUUAAAUGACAAAGACAAGUCAACAAUAAUAGGAACAUAUAUAAAACAGUUAACAGAUCUGAAAGUAUUAGCAUGCAAUGAUUGUAAUAUAAAUGAAAAAUUUGCUGAAGAUUUUAACAUUUCUCAUGUAUUAGUUGGAACGCCAAAUGUUUAUGCACAAUUAAUAUCAGAAAAAAAACUUUUACCAUGUCAUAUAAAUCUAGUCAUAGUCGACGAGUGUCAUAAAUGUAUUGAAGAUAAUAAUUUAAAAUUUAUUCUUCAAACUUUUCUAUUGUGCAAUAAUGUUCCUAGAAUAAUUGGGUUAGCAGUGCCAGUGUUUAAUUUGACUCAAGAGCCUGGAAGAUUGGGUCUAGAAAUAGAAAAGGUAGAAACUACCUUUCAAUGUGAAGUAGAAACUGCUAAUGAUAUAUUUUCAAUAGUACGAUAUAGUCCAAAACCAAGAGAAUAUGUUGUUGAAUAUGCAAAAGGAGAAAAGAAAGAUUUGUAUAAUACGCUAGAAAGUUGUGUGUUACAUGCUAUUGAAUUUUUGCAAGAUCAUCGCUAUGAUCCAAUGGAAAUUUAUACUGAAGAAUUUUAUGAGGACAUACAAAAAAUUCCUGAUCCCAUACAAAAACCUUUUGAGAUGAUGCAAGAUUUUUUGCAUGUAUUAGAAACCCUUGGACCAUGGUGCGCAGAUCGUGCUGCCUUGGCAUUAUUAAUUUUAACAGAAAAAUUGAAAAUCAAAACUCCUUAUGAGAGACAUUAUCUUCUAUUAAAUAUGAUGACAUCUGUUUUUAUUAAAAUUCGUGCUAUUUGUGAUAAUGAAUUUCAACACUUAUCUGAGAAAGAAAAAAUAUACCGAUAUACUACUCCAAAAGUUCAUCGACUAUUAAAGAUUUUAAAAACUUAUACUCCUUUUUAUACUAAAGAGGCUAUCACACCAGAGAAAAAGACAAAUACUGAAACUGAUACACAAAACUGUGAUUUAAAAGAUGACAAAGACACUUCCGUGAAAACUCCAGAAAAACCAGCACAAGUAAAACGAUUUGGAGGUAAUUGGAAAUCUAACGAUGACAAUUACAAGAAAAUGCCCAAAUCACAACGUUACUUGUAUAGUAAUGCGGAUCCUGAUUCACUCUGUGGAGUAAUUUUUGUGGAUAAAGGAUUCAUAGCUAAAGUUUUAUUUUAUCUCUUAAAUGAAAUAUGUAAGCAUGAUGAAGAUUUACAUUUUUUAUCGCCUCUUUAUGCAAUCGAAAAAAAUACUGACGACAAUAGUUGUUCAAGAGACGUUGAAAGUGAACAUAGAAAGCAAGAAGAAGUUUUAAAACGAUUUAGAAUUCAUGAAUGUAAUUUAUUGAUUGCAACUUCAAUGUUAGAAGAAGGCAUUGACAUUCCAAAAUGUAAUUUUGUGAUGAGAUACGACUUCCCAAAAGAUUAUCAGUCAUAUAUACAGUGCAAGAGCAGAGCGAGAGCUGUGGAUGCCUUAUAUGUGCUAUUAGUACCACAAGAAGUAUCUAAAGACUUUAUAUGGCAAUUAGCUCAAUAUCAAUAUAUAGAAAAGACUUUAUUAUUAAAAUGUUCUAAUAAAGAGCUAACUGAAGAGGAAGAGAGUGAGGCAGAUAUGUAUGCUGCAAUGAUACCACAUUACAAACCACUCGAUGAUGAUGAUGCUCCCAAAGUGACUUUUAAUUCUGCUAUUUCGUUGAUAAAUAGAUAUUGUGCAAAAUUACCUAGCGAUACUUUCACGAGAUUAACACCAGAGUGGUUCAUUGAAACAGUAAAUAUUCAAAAUACAACGAUGUAUACCUGUUCGUUACGACUUCCUAUAAAUUCUCCAUUAAAAUACGUAGUUACGUCGUAUCCGAUGCCAAAUAAAGCAAUGGCUAGGCGUAUGGCUGCCUUGCAAAUGUGCAUUGAUUUACAUCGAGAAAAUGAGAUAGAUGAUAAUUUAUUGCCUAUUGGAAAGGAGAAUUUUAAAGCCAAGCCUGAAGAUGCUGAAGUACCCGCUUUGCCGGAUGAAAAUAAAGCUGACUUUUCGGAAGCUAGACCCGGCACAACAAAACGAAGACAAUAUUAUUAUAAAAAAACAGCCGCAGCGCUAACAAAUUGUAGACCAAUAGUUGGACAACCAUCUUAUCUAUAUCACAUUAGUAUGGUACUAACUUGCCCUUUGCCUGAAGAACAAAAUACACGAGGUAGACGUAUAUAUCCUCCUGAAGAAUCGGCCAUUGGAUUUGGCAUACUCACGUUAAAAGAGAUACCUAAGUUGUGUCCAUUUCCUAUUUAUACUAGAUCGGGCGAGGUUUACGUACAAUUAAAACUUAGCAAACAGACUGUGAUUUUAGACGAAAUUCAACUAAAAAAAGUUGACACUUUUCUUAAUUACACAUUCACAAAUGUUCUGAGAUUACAAAAAUAUCUAAUGCUCUUUGAUCCGAACACCUCAGAGAAUUCGUACAUAAUUGUACCAGUGAAUAAACUUACAACAGAUGAAGGUUCAGAUAUUAGCGUGGACUGGGAUUUUUUGGAAUGCAUUUAUCAAAAUCGAAAUGCAAUACCAAUCAAAAUUCCAGAAGAAGAUAGAAAAAAUUUCGAGUUUGAUCCAUCGAAAUAUUACGAUGCUGUAAUCAUGCCGUGGUAUAGAAGUCAAGAUCAGCCACAGUACUUCUACGUAGCGGAAAUAUGCACAAAUCUGAAUCCGAAAUCUUCCUUUCCUGGACAAGAUUACAGCACUUUUGAAGAAUAUUAUUUAAAAAAAUAUGGUAUACAAAUACAAAAUUUAGAACAAUCGCUGUUAGACGUGGAUCAUACAUCAGCUAGAUUAAAUUUUUUAACUCCUAGAUACGUUAAUCGCAAAGGCGUGGCGUUACCUACGACUAGUGAAGAAACAAAGCGCGCAAAAAGAGAAAAUUUAGAACAAAAGCAAAUUCUCGUUGCUGAAUUAUGUGCUAUUCAUCCCUUUCCAGCAUCUCUGUGGAGACAAGCGGUCUGUUUACCUUGCAUAUUAUAUAGGAUUAAUGCUUUGUUGCUUGCCAAUGAAAUACGAUGCCAGGUUGCACAAAUGAUAAAUUUGGGUCAACAAAAUCUGAGUUCAGAUUUUGAAUGGCCGGCGUUAGAUUUUGGAUGGAGUUUGGCGGAAGUAUUGAAGAGAUCGAAGGAAAUAGAGAAAUCAAAACAAAGCAAAACCGAAAAUGUACAAGCCAACUCAUCUUUGGACAGUACAGUAGUCUCAAAUAAGUGUCAAAAUACUGAACAAAACACUAAUAAUUCAAAUAUAUUAUGUAAUGAGACUAAGAGUCAAGAAGAACUGCAAUCCGAUAAAACUGAUGAAACAGAAGAAGAGAUUACUGACGAUCAGAAAGAUGAGUUGGAGAUUGGCACGUGGUCAAAUGACAUGGCAUGGUCAAAAGACAUAGUAGUAAAUUCAAUGGAUUAUGAUAUGGACGACAUGAAAUCUUUUCCUCUAAAUGUAACAGUCUUACCACAAGAUUUUGGUUGGAAUGACAUUCGAUAUGGAUCACCGACGUGUGAGUCCGAUUAUGACGGUUACGAAUCAGAUGACAUGUACAGCGAUGGCUUUGAUGACACAACUGAUGAAAGCGAAGACGAAAGCAGAGGACUAAAAAUAUCUUACAUGGGAGAAAACAUCGCCGAGGCUGUGGAGGAUGAGAAACAAAUGUGCAAACAGGAGAUGAACAAGAAGAUUUUGGAUCUUUUGGAAACAGAGAAGAAUUUUGAUAAUAAUUUUUGGAUGUACACAAAAAGCGACGAAGAAUUAUUGCUCGAAAAACACAAAAAAGCGCAUUACGAGUACGCUAAGACAAAAGAACAGGAUAUCAUGAACGAUGGUACUUUUCUAUCAUAUGAUUCGGAGAUUACAAUCAAGAGGAAAAGCUCAUCAAUUUAUCAAACUAAUAAAGAACAGCCAAAUUGUAAAUAUCGAGAUUACAUCGAAAGUGUUGUAAAGAAAUUUACUGAUGAAGUAUUAAAUAAAAAGUUUGUCGCAUCUACUAAGAAGAUAGAAAAAAGUGAAAGUAAUAAGUUGAAUAAAAACAAUUACUUAGAUAACGGUCUGUUUAGUUUUGAUUAUCAGCCAGAAUUGAAAAAUCAUCCAGGGCCAAGUCCUAGUUUAAUUCUGCAGGCUUUAACAAUGUCUAAUGCGAAUGAUGGCAUCAAUUUAGAGCGAUUGGAGACAAUCGGCGAUUCAUUUCUGAAAUAUGCCAUAACAACAUAUUUGUAUUGCACGUAUGACAACAUCCAUGAAGGAAAACUUAGCCAUUUAAGAUCAAAACAGGUUAGUAAUUUAAAUCUCUAUAGACUUGGAAGACAAAAAAUGCUUGGCGAGAGUAUGAUAGCUACUAAAUUUGAGCCACACGAUAAUUGGCUACCUCCCGGUUAUUACGUUCCCAAAGAACUCGAACAAGCAUUGAUCGAAUCCGGUGUUCCUUCUACUUUUUGGAAUCAAGCUAAUAUCCCCACCUUGCAAACUGUAAAUCCCACUGAAAUAACUCAACUUGUGAAAGAGACCGAAGAGAAGCUUGUGAUUAUGAAAAAUGAACUUGAUAAAACCGAGAAUAGGUUGUCGAGCAAUUUCGAUGAUUUACGAUGUUUCAUACCUUAUAAUUUAAUUACGCAACACAGCAUUCCGGACAAAAGUAUUGCAGAUUGUGUAGAAGCUUUGAUAGGAGCAUAUUUAAUUGCAUGCGGACCCCGUGGGGCGCUUCUCUUUAUGACCUGGUUGGGGAUUCAUGUUUUGCCCGCGGAGCAAAUUUACGUGAUAAGCGAAGAUGAACCAGAAGAAAGAAUACCUGGUAGUACGCCGUUUGUUAAAGAAAUUAAUGAACACGGCGAAACUAUGUGGACACAUAUUUGUUACGGGAGGCUAGAAGAGCCACAAAACCCAUUAUUUCGAUACGUUCUUGAUCCAGAGAACGAAUUAUAUAUGAUGCUCGAUGGAUACGAGGAAUUAGAGGAAAGCAUAGGAUAUAAGUUUCGUGAUAGCAGCUAUCUUUUACAAGCAUUUACGCAUGCCUCUUAUCAACCAAAUAGAUUAACGGAUUGUUAUCAGCGUUUAGAAUUUCUUGGCGAUGCUGUUCUAGAUUAUCUGAUAACCAGACAUUUAUAUGAAGAUUCGCGAUUACAUUCACCUGGUGCUUUAACAGAUUUAAGGUCUGCGUUAGUUAACAACACGAUAUUUGCCUCUUUAGCUGUUAGGUGUGGUUUUCACAAAUAUUUUCGCCAUUUGUCACCUGGAUUAAGUGUCGUGAUAAAUCGCUUCGUCAGACUACAGGAAGAAAAUGGACAUACCAUCAGUGACGAAUAUUAUUUAAUUGGUGAAGAUGAAUGUGAAGAGGCCGAAGAUGUAGAAGUACCAAAAGCAUUAGGUGAUGUUUUUGAAUCAUUAGCUGGUGCUAUUUACUUGGAUAGCGGGAUGUCUCUCGACGCCGUGUGGAGUGUUUAUUAUACAAUAAUGAAGUCAGAAAUUGAACAAUUCAGCACAAAUGUCCCCAAAUCUCCUAUACGUGAAUUACUGGAAUUAGAACCUGAAACGGCAAAGUUUAGAAGACCUGAGAAAUUGGCCGACGGCCGUAGAGUCCGAGUAACUGUAGACGUGUUUGGAAAAGGUUCAUUUAAAGGAAUCGGACGAAAUUAUAGAAUUGCAAAAUGUACAGCGGCUAAGUGUGCUUUAAAGAAAUUAAAGGGCAAAAUGCAGAAUUACCCUAGACAAAAAAUGUGACAGAAAGUUUUGUAAUUAAUAUAAAAAUAUGUAAGAAAUUUUUUAUUUUCACAAACAAUUGUUAAUACAUAUACAUUUCA